GUUCCCAGGAGUCCCGGCUCCCGCUGCGCACCGCUUCGAGUCAGCUUCUUCACCUCCCUCUUCUUCUGCUCCAGUCCCGCUGGAUUUGAGCCGAUUUCAGGAGUUUCGAGAAAGCAACGCCUGCAAGUUCUGCUAGGCUCCUGAACUUAAACUGCACGUCGCAACAAAGGGAGGGGGACGCGUGGGAGUCUGGGUCCCGGCGAGCACCCACUUAGCUGCUUUCUCCCUCUCUCGCCCUAGUCAUGGAAGGGAUGGAGGACGCCGAGGCUGAUUGCUCCGUUGCAUUCGCAGAGGCUCAGAGAUGGGUGGAGGCUGUAACUGAGAAGACUUUUGAAACAAAGGAUUUUCGAGCCUCUCUAGAAAAUGGUGUUCUGUUGUGUGAUUUGAUUAAUAAGCUCAAACCUGGCAUCAUAAAGAAGAUCAAUAGACUGUCUACACCAAUAGCAGGUUUGGAUAAUAUAAACGUUUUUUUGAAAGCUUGUGAACAGAUUGGAUUGAAAGAAGCCCAGCUUUUUCAUCCCGGGGAUCUACAGGAUUUAUCAAACCGAGUCACUGUCAAGCAAGAAGAGACUGACAGGAGACUGAAAAAUGUUUUGAUAACUUUGUACUGGCUGGGAAGAAAAGCACAAAACAGCCCCUACUAUAAUGGUCCCCAUCUCAAUCUGAAAGCUUUUGAGACUCUAUUAGGACAAGCGUUGACUAAGGCACUUGAAGAUUCUAGCUGUCUGAAAAGAAGUGGCCGAGACAGUGGCUACGGUGAUAUCUGGUGUCCUGACAGAGGAGAAUUUCUUGCUCCUCCAGGUAGCCAUAGGAGGGAAGAUUCCUUUGAAAGCUUGGACUCCUUGGGGUCUAGAUCACUGACCAGCUGCUCCUCAGAUCUCACGCUUAGAGGUGGGAAGGAAGGUUUCGAAAGCGACACAGAUUGGGAAUUCACAUUCAAAAUGCAGGAUUAUAACAAAGAUGAUAUGUCCUAUCGAAGGAUUUCAGCUAUUGAACCAAAGUCUGCUCUACCAUUCAACCGCUUCUUGCCUAACAAAAGCAAACAGCCAUCCUAUGUGCCAGCACCUCUGAGGAAGAAAAGGCCAGACAAAAAUGAGGAUAACAGAAGAAGCUGGGCCAGCCCGGUCUACACAGAAACAGACGGAACAUUUUCAAGUAACCAAAGGAGGACUUGGGGUCCCAAGAUGGAGCGCUGGCACACAAUCCAAGAAACUUCAACCUCCUCUUGUUAUCUGGAAGAGGAGGAAGAAAAGAUAACGCGCAUCCCCAACCUUGUGAAGGAUGAUCUCUAUGUGCGAAAGCUCAGCCCUGUCAUGCCAAGCCCAGGGGGCUCUUUUGAUCAGUUUCUUCCCAAAUGCUGGACCCCAGAAGAUAUGAACUGGAAAAAAAUAAAGAGAGAGACUUAUAAGCCAUGGUAUAAGGAAUUCCAGGGAUUCAGUCAGUUUUUAUUGCUUCAGGCUCUUCAGACAUACUCUGAUGAUAUCUUGUCUUCAGAAACAAGUGUCAAAAUCGAUCCCACCUCUGGCCCAAGGCUCAUAACUCGCAGAAAAAAUCCCUCUCACACACCAGGCUAUCGAGCGGAUGACUUUGAGCUGCCAGCUCUGGAUCCUGACUUAGAAAAUGAUGAUUUCUUUGUCAGAAAAACUGGGGCUUUCCAUGCAAAUCCAUGUGUUCUUCGAGCCUUCCAAGACCUUCGAAGGUUCUCUGAGCCAGACGAUGCUGUUGAGCGAGAUAUAAUUUUGCAGUGUCGGGAAGGUGAACUUGUACUUCCAGAUUUAGAAAAAGAUGAUAUGAUUGUUCGCCGGAUCCCAGCACAGAAGAAAGAAGUGCCCCUGUCUGGGGCCCCUGAUAGAUAUCAGCCAGUCCCUUUCCCGGAACCCUGGACCCUACCUCCAGAAAUCCAAUCGAAAUUUCUGUGUGUGCUCGAAAGGACACGCCCACCCAAAGAAAAAAGUAGCGGCUGUAGAGUCUUAGUUCCUUCCUAUCGACAGAAGAGAGACGACAUGUUGGCUCGCAAGAUCCAGUCUUGGAAGCUGGGGACCGCUGUGCCUCCCAUCAGCUUCAAGCCCGGCCCCUGCAGCGAGGCCGAUCUGCAGAAGUGGGAGGCCAUCCGGGAGUCCAGCAGACUUAGGCACAGGAAGCGGCUGAUGGUUGAGAGACUCUUUCAAAAGAUUUAUGGUGAGAAUGGGAGCAAGUCCAUGAGCGAUGUCAGUGCAGAGGAUGUUCAGAAUCUGCGUCAGCUGCGGUAUGAGGAGAUGCAGAAAAUAAAAUCCCAACUGAAAGAACAAGAUCAGAAGUGGCAGGAUGACCUUGCAAAAUGGAAAAGUCGUCGGAAGAGUUACACUUCAGAUCUGCAGAAGAAAAAGGAGGAGAGGGAAGAGAUUGAAAAGCAGGCACUCGAGAAGUCUGACCGAAGCUCCAAGACAUUUAGAGAAAUGCUGCAGGACAGGGAAUCUCGAAAUCAGAAUUCUACAAGGAGGAUGUAUUCCUCUGAUGACGCCCUGGAUGAUGAAGUAAUCACUCCUACAGCGACUCUUUCAGAAACCAGCUACCAGACUGAGAGACUGGAAGUCAAGGCAACAACUUAUCCUGCCGAGAUGCCCAAAGAAGAUUCCACAACUUUUGCAAAUAGACAGGACAGUGUAGCCGCUGAGAUUCCGCUUCCUUCUCAUAUUCCUGAAGAGCAGCGGCCGGCCGCUUUGUCUGCGGCAGAACCACACCAGGCCCCCUUGUCUUCUGCAGAACCACACCAGGCCCCCUUGUCUUCUGCAGAACCACACCAGGCCCCCUUGUCUUCUGCAGAACCACACCAGGCGUCCUUGUCUUCUGCAGAACCACACCAGGCGUCCUUGUCUUCUGCAGAACCACACCAGGCGCCCUUGCCUUCUGCAGAACCACACCAGGUCUUCUUAUCUUCGGUAGCACAGCGUCCAGUCUCGCUCUCUUUACAGCAGUCGCCGAGUACAAGAGGAGAGUCGACUCGGAUUUCAGCUUCUCUCCCUAGAAGUUACCAGAAAGCCGAUACAGCCAGGUUAACAUCUGUGGUCACAGCGAGACCUUUUGGCACGCAGUCAAGGGGAAUCUCAUCACUGCCCAGAUCCUACACGAUGGAUGCUGGCUGGAAGUACAAUGGAGAUGUUGAAGUUGUCAAGGGACCUCAACAGAAUUCGGUCAAAGCCAGUGCCCCGAAGCUUGACUCCACCCAGUUUGUUUGGGCCUCAUCCAGUGAAAGGGAGGCAGCCACAGGAGAAGAUGUGGCAAGCAUGUCCUCCCCCACACCCACUUCUUCAUCUCCAUCCCAAGACCAGGCAGCUACUUCAAAAGCCACACUCUCUUCAACAUCUGCCCUGGAUUCGGUGUCUGACUCUGGAGAAGGGAGAAGCUCACCUCUGCGGGAGGUUUCAAGGUCCCAGGAUCAGUUCAGCGACAUGAGAAUCAGCAUAAACCAGACGCCUGGGAACAAACCUGACUUUGGCUUUACAAUAAAAUGGGAUUUUUCUGGGAUCUUCGUAGCAUCAGUUGAAAAAGGUAGCCCAGCAGAAUUUUCUCAGCUGCAGGUAGAUGAUGAAAUUCUUGCCAUCAACAACACCAAGUUUUCAUAUAAGGAUACAAAAAAGUGGGAGGAAACCAUGGCAAAUGCCCAAGAAACUGGAAACUUAGUGAUGGAUGUCAGGCGCUAUGGAAAGUCUGGUUCACCUGAAACCAAGUGGACUGAUACGACUUCAGGGAUUUACAACACGGACAAGUCUUCAAGUCUGUCGGUAACAACUGAUUUCUCUGAAAGCCUUCAGAGUCCUUAUACUGAAUCCAAAGAAAUCAAUGGAAUUCAUGAGGAAAGCAACACCUUUGAUUCAAAAGCAUCAGAAUCCAUUUCUUUGAGAAAUUUAAAAAGGCGAUCACAAUUUUUUGAACAAGGGAGCUCCGAUUCUGUGGUUCCUGAUCUUCCGGUUCCAACCCUCAAUGCCCCGAGUCGCUGGGCAUGGGAUCAAGAGGAGGAGAGGAAACGGCAGGAGAGGUGGCAGAAAGAACAGGACCGCCUACUUCAGGAAAAAUACCAGCGUGAGCAAGAGAAGCUGAGGGAAGAGUGGCGGAGGGCUCAGCAGGAGGCGGAGAGAGAGAAUUCCAAGUACUUGGAUGAGGAGCUGAUGGUUCUAAACUCCAACAGCAUUUCUCUGAGCACACGGGAGCCUGUGGCUUCCACCUGGGAACCCACUUGGAGUGAAGGGUCCAAGUCUUCGGACAGGGAAGGAACCCGAGCAGGAGAGGAGGAGAGGGGACAGCUGGAGGAGGAUGCUGUUUAUGAGGACCAAAGUCGGAAGCUGCAGGAACAGCUCAUGCUUGAGCAGGAGAAGAAACGGAAGGAACAAGAAGCUCAGGAAGAACUUCGGAAGCAGCGGGAGGCUGAGGUUCAGGCCCAGGCAGAGGCCGAAGCCAAGGCCCGCGCAGAGGCCCAGGCCCAGGCGGAGGCCGAAGCUAAGGCCCGUGCAGAGGCCCAGGCCCAGGCCCAGGCCGGGGCUCAAGCAGAAAGACGAGCUGAAACACAGAAGCACCAGGCAGAGAGGGAGCGAGAAACUUCGGUGAAGAUCUACCAGUACCGGAGGCCUAUUGAUUCCUAUGAUAUACCCAAGAGAGAGGAGGACUCUUCAGGGCUGCUUCCUAGUGACAGGAGUAAAUCAAGAUCCACUACGGAACUGAACAAUGCCCCCACAGAGAAGAAUGGAAGCAGCAAGUACUCAGACCGAAUUGGGACUACUAGCUUUUCACAGAGGAGCUCCAAGAAGGAUCAGGCCCCCUCAGAAGCAGAGUUGGAGAGACAGCAAAUCCUUCAGGAAAUGAGGAAGAGGACAUCUCUCCAUAAUGACAACAGCUGGAUCCGACAGCGCAGCGCCAGUGUAAACAAAGAGCCCAUCUGCCUGCCUGGGAUCAUGAGAAGAGGGGAGUCUCUGGACAAUCUGGACUCCCAGCGGCCCAGUUCUUGGAGGCAGUCCCCAUGGCACAACCAGCCUGCAGGAGUCUAUGCCUCCUCCUCUGUCCAAGACUUCAGUCGCCCGCCUCCACAGCUGUUGUCCACAUCAAACCGUGCCUACAUGCGGAACCCAUCCUCUGCUGUACCGCCUCCAGUGGGCCCAGUGAAGGCUGUCAUCCCAGGCCCUGCUCCCCCAGGGUCUCCCACCCCACGCAGUCAUUCCCCUUCAAUGUCACAGUCAAGCUCUCAGCUCCGUAACAGGUCAGUGAGUGGGAAGCGUGUGUGCUCCUACUGUAAUAACAUUCUGGGCAAAGGAGCUGCUAUGAUCAUCGAGACCCUGGGUCUUUGUUAUCAUUUACAUUGUUUUAAGUGUGUCUCCUGUGAACGUGACCUCGGAGGCUCCUCCUCCUCCUCAGGAGCCGAAGUCAGAAUCCGAAACCACCAACUGUACUGCAAUGACUGCUAUCUCCGAUUCAAAUCUGGACGGCCAACCGCCAUGUGACGUAAGCCUCCAUUCGAAAGCACUGUUGCAGAUAGAAGAGGAGGAGGCGGUGGCUGCUGAUGCAGAACUAUAAAUAUGUCUUGUAUGUCCCCCCUUUUUUAAAAAGAGAGUAACCUUUGCCUCAUUAGAUGACAUAGGAACACUGUAGUGUUGGUAGGACCUGUAUUUUUGUUGUUUAUUUAUAAGGUAAUUAUGUGUGUGGGGAAGUGCAGUACUUGCCUUUUGAAUUCGGCAUCCUAAAAGCACAAGCAGAAAAACCCCAAGAACUUAAAAAAAUACUUUGGAGACAGAUGAUGAUCUAGUUUGACCCUUUAGUGGUGUUUUGAAGAGGGUAUUUUAUUUUAUUUUUUUUAAGUUCUUAAACAUUAUUUGAAAUAGUUAAUAUAAAUAUGUAAUUGUGUUUACUGUUUACUGUAAUGUAUUCUAAGUUAAUGUGGAACCAUAUGAAAAAUUUCAUUUAAAUCCACCCAUAAAUUUGCUUUUUUGUGGUUUUCUUUACACAGAAAUAAUCCAAUUGAAAAAUAAUUUUGCUUAUGUAAUAUUUUAUUUGCUUGAGGAAGGCAUUCUAUUUUCUUUACAAGGACUGUUGUUGCUAAGCAAAUAUCAGUAGAAAGCUGCUUAUUUUCAAUAAUAAAAAAUAACCAUGGUUUGUACACCAGGAAUUUUCUCCAGAAACUAGUGAGAUUUUCUGUUCAGUUGCCUUUGUAAAUAAAAUUGGUGAUGCAUUUAA